AUGCUGUACCUCGUCGGCCUCGGUCUCUCGGAUGAGACCGACAUCACCGUCAAAGGCCUCGAGAUCGUCAAGAAGGCCUCCAGGGUGUACCUGGAAGCCUACACCAGCAUCCUGCUCGUGGACAAGGCCAUCUUGGUGCGCAAACCCCCGCCUUCGAACCCUGAAGUUCUCGAAGCCUACUAUGGCCGCGAAGUCGUAGUCGCCGACCGCGAAAUGGUCGAGUCCAACAGCGACGAGAUCCUCCGCGACGCGCAGACCGAGGACGUCGCCUUCCUCGUCGUCGGCGACCCCUUCGGCGCGACGACGCACACCGACAUCGUCCUCCGCGCCCGCGAGCUCGCCAUCCCCGUCUCCACCGUCCCCAACGCCUCCAUCAUGUCCGGCAUCGGCGCCACCGGCCUGCAGCUCUACAACUUCGGCCAGACCGUCUCCAUGGUCUUCUUCCUCGACAACUGGAAGCCCGCCUCCUUCUACGACCGCGUCCGCGAGAACCGCGCCAUCGGCCUGCACACCCUUCUCCUGCUCGACAUCAAGGUCAAGGAGCAGAGCCUCGAGAACAUGGCGCGCGGGCGCAAGAUCUACGAGCCGCCCAGGUACAUGACGGUCGGCCAGUGCGCGGCGCAGAUGCUGGAGAUCGAAGAGGAGAAGAAGGAGGGCGUGUACGGGCCGGACAGUCUCGCCGUGGGAGCGGCGCGGGUGGGCGGCAAGACGGAGAAGUUCGUCGCCGGCACGCUGAAGGAGUUGUGCGAGACGGACGAGAUCCUGGGUGGGCCGCUGCACAGCAUGGUUCUGCUCGGCAGGAGAGCACACGAGCUGGAGAGGGAUUACAUCCGCGAGUUCGCGUACAACAAGGAGACGUUCGACAAGAGCUGGGCGGAGAGUUAUGGGAAGCAAUAG